CUCGAUGCUGCCUAACCUCUCUCCGGCCAAGUUCACUUCAUACUCGCACGAACGAACGACCAGAAACAACCACGACUGACUGACCAUCAUCAUCAUCAUUCACAGAAGAGCACAGUAAAAUUAACCAAAAACUGGGUUUAUCGUCCAGUCAACUUGAGCUAAUUUGGGUGUUAUCAGUAUAAUGUUGUCUAAUUCGUCGUCUACUUCAUCUACCGAUUCGACCAGUGAGAUUGGCGAUAUUUUAGAUCCUAAGAGACAUACUCUUCCUACGUGUUGGCUGAAAAACUUUUCACAUCUGACGCAACCAGCGAAAAGUAUUACUAUUUCAAAGAAUGCACUGGUGUUUUUGCAAAACCCUGAGUUGCACAUGGUCCCAGCAUCUCCAAGACGUGGGGAGGAGGAAGAUAACGAGGAUGCUGUGAGUUGGGGGUCAUCUCCGUCUUCGCCGGUGCCAGGAUUUCCAGCGGAUGAGGGAGAUUCGACGUCAGAAGAUGAAAGUAUCGAGAUUAAUAGGUCGUCAUCGCCCAUUUUACCGCCGGGGUUGUGGGAAGAUGUGGAAAAGUUGAAAUGUUCAUUGAAUAAGGCCAUUGAUGCUCUGGGGGGUGCGGUGAUUCCAAAGGUGGACGCUAAGACGCCAAAAGACGCACGUUGGCUUGCGCUCAAUAAAAGUUUGCGUUGUCAGAGCGCAGAGGAGAUUUUUCUGUUGCUCAAGCACUCCAACAUUGUCGAUCAAGUAUUGGACGAUCCUACCGUUGCUGCCCCGUUGCCUAGGAUUGAAAGUCAUCUUCAACGCCGGUCUCGUCCUCAUACGAUUACCCUUUUUAAAUGGGAUGACCAGUUCGGACCCGAGUAUGAGUUCCGCUGUUUCGUAGUGAAUAAGAAGCUUGUGUUGAUUACUCAACGUGACGAGAAUCAAGCUUAUCCUGCAAUGAUGCAAGACCGGGAUGGUAUUAUACAGGACAUCCACUCCUUUUUCAGACAACACAUCUACGGUCGUUUUCCACUGAAUAAAUACAUUUUCGAUGUAAUAAGAACGUUAAAUCGCAUGGUCCUCAUCGAUUUCAAUAUUUUUGGGUGGGAGACUGAACCUAGUUUGACAAGUUAUGACGAACUGACUCAUCUUGUCACAGAAAUGGAGAAUAAUCUAAGCAAUGGUGGGAUUGGACGCGGACUCGUGGAUUCUGAAAAAUACGGCGAACCAUACUUUAGAUACGCCACAGAAGCUGUAAUUGCCUCGUCAAAUCCAGAUCUCCAGUGUCCCCUUCCUCUCGAAAUGAAUACUUGGGUGCUGCAGACACCUCCGUCUUCUUCGGAACAGAGCAAUAAUAACAGUCUGAGCUAAUUUCGUCUUUCUUGAUCUCUACUUUGCGAAAAUAGAGAAGUACCUUAUUCUGGUAGUAUCUUUUUUAUACUGCAUCUUACUGUUAACUGACAAUAUCUACUUAUGAUGAUCUCAUGUAAGCUCGGUGAUUGAUGGUUCUAAAUUUUUUGUAAAACUUAUACAAACGAAUACGAGUAAAAACAAUAUACAAACGAACAGA